UAGCACAAGAUCCGGCAAAAUCUAAUAUAAAUUGAACGCCUUAAAGUCCAAUUUUUUAAAAAAAAUUGAAAUUUUUAAUUUUUUUUAACGAAAUGUUAACUGAUUCCACUACUACGAAUGGCCAUACUGACAGCUAUGCAAAAACAGAAAUAAUAAAAGAAAUUGAUGGAAAUUCUAGUGCCAUUAAUGAGAAGGAAGAUAAAGAAUGGACACCGUUGUCAUGGAGAACAAAACCUAUAAGACAAGGUGUUGUUUAUGAUGAUCAAGAACAUUUACAACGAGUUCUGAAUAAAUUACAACAUUUACCUCCAAUGGUUACACCUUCGGAGAUCCAUAGACUUCGAAGUCAACUUAGGCAAGUUGCACUUAAUAAAGCGUUUUUAUUGCAAGGUGGAGAUUGUGCCGAACUUUUUGAGUAUUGUUCUCAAGAACCAAUUGAAUCAAAAUUAAAAGUAUUACUACAAAUGAGUCUAGUUUUAGUUUGGGGCUCUAGAAUUCCUGUUAUUAGAAUUGCUAGAAUGGCAGGUCAAUAUGCUAAACCUCGUUCAAGUCCGACUGAAAAGGUUGAAGGAAAAGAAAUUAUUUCUUUUCGUGGUGAUAAUAUUAAUGGUUACGAUCCAUCGGAUAGAAAACCUGAUCCUGAACGUCUUUUGCGCGCGUAUUUCCAUUCUGCUGCCACAUUAAAUUAUGUGAGAUCAAUUAUUGGUUCAGGGUUUGCAGAUCUAUAUCGAUUAUCAGAUUGGUCUUUACAUCACGUUCGAUCGGAUAGAACUAGACAAGAAUAUCAAACAAUAGUUGAUCGGUUAACUGAUUCACUAGAUUUCAUGCGUAUGAUUGGAGCAGAUUCCCCGUCGAGUCCAUUGAAUAGUGUCGAUUUGUUUAUGUCUCACGAAGGAUUAUUACUUGAUUAUGAACAAUGUUUAACAAGAUUAUUACCUGAUCCCGAAACUGGUGAAAAAAAGUGGUAUAAUGUUGGAUCUCAUUUCUUAUGGGUAGGUGAUCGUACACGUCAAUUAGAUGAAGCUCAUGUAGAGUAUUUUAGAGGAAUUCAAAACCCUAUUGGGAUUAAAGUUGGUCCAUCUAUGGAAUCCAACGAAUUGCAAAAGUUAUUGGACAUCAUUAAUCCUAAUAAGGAAAUUGGAAAAGUCACUUUAAUUACGCGUUACGGCGCUGAUCAGGUUGAAAAAUAUUUACCAGGUCACAUUCAAGCUGUCAAAGCUUCAGGACAUAUUGUAGUAUGGGCAUGUGAUCCAAUGCACGGAAAUACAAGACAGUCAUCAUCCGGUGUAAAAACUAGACAUUUUAAUUCAAUCAUUGAGGAAUUAUCUAAAGUGAUACGUAUCCAUAAAAAUAAUGAUAGUCAAAUGAACGGAGUACAUUUUGAACUGACUGGCGAAGCUGUAACAGAAUGCAUUGGAGGUUCAAUGCAACUAGCUGAUGCUGAUUUAGCUUUAAAUUAUAAAACUUUUUGUGAUCCUCGUUUAAAUUAUGAACAAAGUUUAGAUGUUGCUUUCUUAAUAGCCAAAUAUCAUGAGAAAGAAAGAUCUGGACCGCAGAUAUUUAAGCCUUAACCAAGAUACCAUCAUUGCUUCACUAACCCAACUAACUAGAUCUUCAUUAACAUUUAACUUAUUAAAAAC